CGGUGCCGCGCUCCCGCCCCUCGCGCCGCCAGCGACGUCCCCCAAAAGGCCUCGGUACCUUUGAACGGCGGCGGGAGGCGGCGAGCGCGAUGGCGAUUCAGGGCCGGCUGCUGUGCUUGCUGGGCCUGUUCCUUUGCGGAGCGGCGAGCUUACAGCUGUUACCGCCCAGUGAUCGGCCCGUCAUUGGAGUAUUAAUGCAGAAGUGCUAUAGUAAGGGUUUGCAGAACCUUGGAAAAUACUAUAUCGCUGCAUCCUAUGUAAAGUAUCUGGAGUCUGCAGGUGCAAGAGUUGUACCAAUAAGAGUUGAUCUUACAGAGAAAGAUUAUGAAAAGCUUUUCAAAUCUAUUAAUGGUAUCCUUUUCCCUGGAGGAGGCGUGGACCUCAGGAACUCAGAUUAUGCCCGAGUGGCCAAAACAUUUUACAACUUGGCCAUACAGAGUUUUGAUGUUGGAAGCUAUUUUCCUGUGUGGGGUACAUGCCUUGGAUUUGAAGAGCUUGCAUUUCUGGUCAGUGGAGAAACCUUGUUAACUCUCACAGAUACUGUCGGGGUGACACUGGCACUGAACUUCACUGAUGCUGCAAAGCAUAGCAGAAUGUUCCAGAAUUUUCCUGGUGACUUGUUGCAGGCAUUAGCUGUAGAACCUCUGACAUCAAAUUUCCACAAGUGGAGCCUUUCCAUGACGAAUUUUACGGCAAAUGAAAAGUUGAGGAAAUUUUUCAAUGUAUUAACUACAAAUACAGUUAACAACGUUAAAUUUAUUUCAACAAUGGAAGGCUAUGAAUAUCCAAUCUAUGGUGUCCAGUGGCAUCCAGAGAAAGCACCUUAUGAAUGGAAGAAAAAAAAAGGCAUUCCCCAUUCCCCUAACGCUGUGAAGACUGCAUUUUAUUUAGCAGAGUUCUUUGUCAGUGAAGCCAGGAAAAACAAUCAUUGCUUUGAUUCUCAGGAGGAAGAGCAGAAAGCCUUGAUUUAUCAAUUCCAUCCGACUUACACUGGAAAUAUUUCUUCAUUUCAGCAGUGUUAUAUGUUUGAUUGAAAGCCUUUGGCAUGUUAAAAGAACAACUUUGGGUAAUUCCAUGAUUCAUCUUUGUAAUAACUUGCUAUUCAUUGCAAUAAUAGAAAGCCACAGAGAUUCCUUUUCUAUGAUGUGACUGAAUCUGCAUUCAGUAUAUGAGUUUUUAUCACAUUUGAUAAUCAAACAGUGGGGACAAUAAAUAAUCAGAGUGUAUUUCAGAAUUUCAGAGUAUAUGUGAAGAUUGUAAAAAAAUAAAUUUGUU